CCGGCGGCCUCCGCGUCACCCGGGCCCGCGGUGGCCACAACAUGGCUGCGGCGCCGGGGCUGCUCUUCUGGCUGUUCGUGCUGGGGGCGCUCUGGUGGGUCCCGGGCCAGUCGGAUCGCAGCCACGGACGGCGCUUCUCGGACCUCAAAGUGUGCGGGGACGAAGAGUGCAGCAUGUUAAUGUACCGUGGGAAAGCUCUUGAAGACUUCACGGGCCCUGAUUGUCGUUUUGUGAAUUUUAAAAAAGGUGACGACGUAUAUGUCUACUACAAACUGGCAGGGGGAUCCCUUGAACUUUGGGCUGGAAGUGUUGAACACAGUUUUGGAUAUUUUCCAAAAGAUUUGAUCAAGGUAAUUCAAAAAUACACGGAAGAAGAGCGACACAUCCCAGCAGAUGAGACAGACUUUGUCUGCUUUGAAGGAGGAAGAGAUGAUUUUAGUAGUUAUGAUGUAGAAGAGCUUUUAGGAUCUUUGGAACUGGAGGACUCUGUACCUGAAGAGUCAAAGAAAGCUGAAGAAGUUUCUCAGCACAGAGAGAAAUCUCCUGAGGAGUCUCGGGGGCGUGAACUUGACCCUGUGCCUGAGCCUGAGGCAUUCAGAGCUGAUUCAGAGGAUGGAGAAGGUGCUUUCUCAGAGAGCACUGAGGAACUUCAGGGACAGCCCUCAGCUCAGGAGAGCCACCCUCAUGCCAACAGUCCUGCGGCUAAUGCUCAGGGAAUGCAGUCUUCAUCGGACACUUUUGAAGAAAUUCUGCACGAUAAAUUAAAAGUGCCGGGAAGCGAAAACAGAACUGGCAAUAGUUCUCCUGCCUCGGUGGAGCGGGAGAAGACAGAUGCUUACAAAGUCCUGAAAACAGAAAUGAGUCUUGACCUGAAAACCAAGUUUGGCUCAACUGCCGAUGCCCUUGUGUCUGACGACGAGGCAACCAGACUGGUCACUUCAUUAGAAGAUGGCUUCGAUGAAGCGCUGGAUGCUGAGUAUUACCCAAUGGAGGAGGAGGAGGAGGAAGAGGAGGAGGAGGAUGCAGACAGCUCUGACGAGCUACCAUUACUCACCUUCUCAGACAAAGAUGAGAAAGCCCCUGGGAAGCCCAUGAUAGAAAAAUAUUUAACAGAGAAGGAUCCGAACUUGAGUGAAGAGGAUAAAGUUGAACCCCCUACCUGGGGGGAUGCUUUCUUUUCUAUUGUCACAGGAGGUGAAGGGAAAACAGGUGUGGUGGAUUUAGAAAGAUCUAUCGAGGAGGAGGAGGAGGAUGUGUCAGUUUCACCUAGCCAUCAGAGGAAGCCACAGCCAGCAGCUGGCUAUACAGACGUCGAGGAUGAAGGUGAUGAUCUUUUUGUAGAAGAGCCCAAAACAAAUGAUGUAAAGGGCUCAGAAACAGACCCAGAACUUGUCAGUACAGGAGAAGAAAAGGACAUCCAGGAAUCCAGGAAAGGCCUGUUACAGCCUGAGUCAGAAUCAGAGGAUGCCAAGUCAGAAACGGCUAGUGCUUAUCGUCUUCAAAGUAGUAAGCUCAACCCUCUGCCAGCUGCUGAAAAGGGCAGAGACUUUACACUAAAAGCCGUCUUUGAAAAAAAAGAAAAUGGCCUAAAAGAACCAGUUAUCCAUAUCUCAAAGGAAACACUACCUGAAGACAAGACCAGAGAGAUCCAGAGAGACAGCUUGGAGAGUGAAUUAGUACACAGAACUUUGGGGAGUUCAGUGACAGAAAAUAACAAGCCCAAAUCCUUGGGUGUUGCGCCACUCUUGGGAAAUAACAAACCCGAUGCAUCCAAAGACAGUACAGAGGUCCCAGACGGUUCCAUCAGUGGACCAAAAGCAGGCCAGCAGGAGGGAUUUCUAGAACCAGGUCUUAAAACUCAGCAUCAACCUAGAUUCUCCCCUCCAGAGGAAACUGGUCUCUCAAGAGAACUGGGGGGAAAAGUUCCUAUUUCGGGAAGAAAUCUUUCUUGGCAGCAAGAGCGAGACGUAGCUGCUGUAGUCAGUAAGCAUGCGAAUGAGAAGACAGGGUUUCCGGAGGAAGAGAGCAGGGAAGACGGGACAGAUGCGGAGCAAGCCAGGGCCAUACGAAGGCCACAGGAGGCUGAGAGCCCGGAAGUGCUGAGUGUCCAACCUGGAAGGCCAGACGCGGAGGAGGAGGAUGAGGACGACAACUAUCCCUCCGAGGGGCUGAUGGAGGAUGAAAAUGCUGUGAGCGCACAGCAGUCUAGAGAAAACUCCCCCAGCGCUCGCGACGGGAGGUCAGAUAUGAAUUCUCAAGUUUUCGAAAAAGUAAUUUUGGGGACCCUUAAUCUUAACACUGAAAAAAACAAACAACCAGCUAAUAUGAUUUUGGAGACUGGACAAAAGAGUGAAACCACAUCCGAAGAGGCAGGUGACGUGGGCAAGGAGUCAGGUCACAGUGUGGUGGUGGACAGUGAAGAAAGCCAUCUGGCAGAUGUGAGAGCCCAGAGACCCUCUCAAGUCCACAGCCUUCGUGACGAGACAGCAGCUCAGACUGCCGGCUCCGGGGAAGUUGUUCUGAGUAAAAAUCCUAAUGACCUACAAAAAGACAACCCAGAGGAAGAAAAACUGGUCAACACCUUGGGACUUGAAGACCCUGGGGUAGGAGAAAUCUCAGAAGGGGAGCCGGAAGAUACCAAGGAGUUUGGAGUCUCAGAAAGCCAGGGGACUGAUGCUGAAGACCUUAGGGAUGACCCAUCCCGGCAAGCUACACCGGAAAUUCCUGACAUAGUGCUCAAGAGUAUAAGGGAAGACUUGCCUAUCAUAAACAGCUUCUUCAAGGACGACCAACAGUCCCUGCAUCGUUUCCUGAAGUACUUCGAUGUUCGUGAGCUGGAGGGCUUGCUUGAAGACAUGUCGAUAAGGCUGAGAUCAGCGCACCAGAACAGCCUGCCAUACAACAUGGAGAAAGUCCUAGAUAAAGUUUUCCGUGCUUCUGAGUCACGAAUUCUAAGUUUGGCGGAGAAAAUGCUUGAUACAGGAGUGGCCAAAAAUAGGGACCUGGGCUCCAAAGAGAGCAGUCCGUUGGAAGAAGCCGAGGUGUUGGAUGACAUACAAGACCUGAUCUAUUUUGUCAGGUACCAAUACUCUGGAGUGGAGACUGCCCCAUUAGUCACACCUCCACCUCCGGAGGAAGACUGGGCCAAACCAGAAGAAGAGAGACAGUCACCCCAGCAAGACAGCUUACCACAAGAAAACACAGGAGACCUCAGUGUGCAGCUGCAGGACUCUGAGCUCUUGGAUCAACCUGUGACCAGUGUGCAGCCUCCAGAAGAGCCUGAGCUCUCGGAUCAACCUGUGACCAGUGUGCAGCCUUCAGAAGAGCCUGAGCUCUUGGAUCAACCUGUGACUGGGUACACAAGUACCUCAGAGGUAUCACAGAAGCCAGAUACCAAGAAAGACAUAGAUCUAGGUCCUGUAAUGGAAGGUGGUCCUGUUGGGGCUGGAGAUGUACAGAAGCAACUAGAGACAAGUGCAGAGGAGCCAGCAGCUGUCCCACCUCUGGAAAGUGCAUUUGAUUCCCUGUAUGCCUUCAUCCUUUAUUUAAGUAAGAUGCUCCUUGCCACGUUGCCUGACAAUGUUCAGCCUGGCCCUGACUUUUACGGACUGCCCUGGCAGCCUGUGAUCAUUACUGCAGUCUUGGGAAUUGUUUCAUUUGCAAUUUUCUCCUGGAGAACUAUUCUUGUUGUAAAGAGUAGAGUAUAUCAAGUUACUGAGAAACAAAUUUCUGAAAAGUUGGAGAAUAUCAAGAAAGAAAAUGCAGAACUUAUGCAAAAAUUGUCAAGUUAUGAACAAAAGAUCAAGGAGUCAAAGAAGUAUGUUCAAGAAACCAAGAAACAAAACAUGAUUCUCUCUGAUGAAGCUGUUAAAUAUAAGGAUAAAAUCAAGAUCCUUGAAGAAACUAAUGUAAGUUUGGGUGACAAAGCCAAAAGCCUUCGUCUUCAGUUAGAGUCUGAGAGGGAGCAGAAUGUCAAGAACCAGGACCUGAUACUGGAAAACAAGAAAUCUAUUGAGAAGUUGAAGGAUGUCAUUUCAAUGAAUGCAUCAGAACUUUCAGAGGUUCAAGUUGCCCUUAAUGAAGCCAAGCUCAGUGAAGAGAAUGUAAAAUCUGAGUGUCAUCGGGUUCAAGAAGAAAAUGCCAGGCUUAAGAAGAAGAAAGAGCAGUUGCAGCAGCAGGUAGAAGAGUGGAGUAAAUCGCAUGCCGAGCUCACUGAACAGAUCAAGUCAUUUGAGAAGUCCCAGGAAGACUUGGAAGUAGCUCUGACUCACAAAGACGACAAUAUUAGUGCUUUGACUAAUUGCAUCACACAGCUGAAUCGGUUAGAAUGUGAACUUGAAUCUGAGGAUCCAGAUAAAGGAGGAAAUGAGUCAGAUGAUCUGGCCAAUGGAGAAACGGGAGGUGACCGGAGUGAGAAGAUAAAAAAUAGAAUUAAGCAGAUGAUGGACGUCUCUCGGACACAAACUGCAGUCUCAAUAGUUGAAGAGGAUCUAAAACUUUUACAGCUUAAGCUAAGAGCAUCGAUGUCCACUAAAUGUAACCUGGAAGACCAAAUCAAGAAAUUAGAAGAUGACCGCAGCUCGCUGCAGACUGCUAAAGCUGGGUUGGAAGACGAGUGCAAAACUCUGAGGCAGAAAGUGGAGAUCCUGAAUGAGCUGUACCAGCAGAAGGAGAUGGCACUGCAGAAGAAACUGAGUCAAGAAGAGUAUGAGCGGCAAGACAGAGAGCAGAGGCUCACGGCGGCUGAUGAGAAGGUGGUUCUGGCUGCAGAGGAAGUAAAAACGUACAAGAACAGUGACUGUGUAAUUGGUGUGUUGUCUUUUCAGAUUGCUGCUCAUGAGAAGAAAGCUCAUGAUAAUUGGCUCAAAGCUCGUGCUGCAGAGAGAGCCAUGGCAGAGGAGAAGAGAGAAGCUGCUAACUUAAGGCAUAAAUUACUGGAAAUGACUCAAAAGAUGGCAAUGAGGCAAGAUGAACCUGUGAUUGUAAAGCCAAUGCCAGGAAGACCGAACACACAAAACCCUCCCCGGCGAGGUCUGCUGAGCCAGAAUGGCUCUUUUGGCCCAUCCCCUGUGAGUGGUGGGGAAUGCUCCCCUCCCCUACCAGCAGAGCCGCCUGGGAGACCUCUCUCUGCCACACUCAGUCGAAGAGACACUCCUAGAAGUGAAUUUGGGUCACUGGACAGGCAUUUACCUCGCCCUCGAUGGCCAUCAGAGGCAUCUGGCAAACACUCUGCUUCUGACCCGGGUCCCGCUCCUGUGGUGAACAGCAGCUCCAGGAGCUCUUCUCCCGCUAAGGCCGUGGAUGAGGGCAAGCAAACUGUUCCUCAAGAGCCCGAAGGCCCCUCAGUUUCCAGCAUGGCCCCUUUAGCUGGGCAUCCAGUAGCAGUUAAUAUGGCUCCCAAAGGGCCGCCUCCAUUUCCAGGGGUGCCUCUCAUGGGAGGCCCAGUGCCACCACCCAUACGAUAUGGACCACCUCCCCAGCUAUGUGGUGGGCCUUUUGGGCCUCGCCCACUUCCUCCACCAUUUGUUCCAGGCAUGCAUCCACCACUAGGCGUAAGAGAAUAUGCUCCAGGUGUUCUGCCUGGGAAACGGGACCUGCCUCUUGAUCCACGGGAAUUUUUACCAGGACAUACACCAUUUAGACCUCCAGGUCCACUUGGUCCAAGAGAGUUCUUUAUUCCUGGUACCCGAUUACCACCUCCAACCCAUGGUCCUCAGGAGUACCCACCACCACCUGCUGUAAGAGACUCACUGCCUUCAGGCCCGAGAGAGGAAGCCCAACCUGCCUCUCCAAGCAGUGUCCAGGACCGCUCACAGGCUUCAAAGCCCACCCCCUGACUUUGACCUCUAUCGCUGAGUCAGAGAGGAAGUGGACAGUGCAUUAUUCAUUACAGCAAAGGAUUUCGUUGGCAUCAAAAUCUAAAAGUUUGUUUUACAAAGAUUGUUUUUAGUACUAAGCUGCCUUGGCAGUUUGCAUUUUUGAGCCAAACAAAAAUAUAUUAUUUUCCCUUCUAAGUAAAAAAAAAAAAAAUCACCUCUUAAGCUAGAAUAUCCUUCAAACUUUGAAAUGUGCAAUAAAGAAUACCUGUGUUUAGUUCAUGUAGCAUAUGUAAUGAUUGCUAAAUGAUUGAGAAUAUCGAGUAUGAACAUUUCCUGUGGAAAUGCUUUAAGAACACGUAUUUCCAUGGCCUUGGUUUAGUGUAUGCCAGCUGAUUUGAGCAAGGUGUUUACAGCUCCAUUUGUGUCUCAAAGACUGUUACACUAAAAAGAAAAGUUUACUCAAGGAUCAUAACCUGUCCCCUGUUGCUAAAGUUCUUUGUAGUAAUAGUUCAUAAACUUGGUUUAUUACUAUU